GAAUAUUUUAUACCAACAUGUCUCAAGAAAUGGUACACAAGAUUACAGAGUUCUAUGAAGGCAUCCAAAAGCCUAAAAGAGCAAGGAGGAAAAAACAUCCGUUUAAUAGCACAAAGACAAGCCUAAAAUCUGCUAAGAUCUUUAUAAAUCCGGUGAAGAGGCGAGUAAAGGUAAAAAAGAUCAGCCACGCUCGUAUCAAUAAUUUUGUGAUUCGGAAAUAAGAGUAUUCAAAACUCUACUCUAUCCAACUUCACCCAGGCCAAAGAUGAAGAAGAUAGUAUUUUCUCGCAGGCUGAGCCAUCAACGCCUUUAAAUUUACAGACAAGGAUCAAGUUCCCAAAAUCAACCUUCUCUUCAACUAGUAUGAAGGUCAGGAAGAUGACAACACCGAGUGGGUUUAGAACUAGGCAGACUUUUAAGUUGCCUCCAAGGCCUCUUAAGAAACGUACAAAGCAAAGGAAACAUUCGAACAAGUUGAAGUUUAUUAUCCAGAAAGCUGAUAAUUACUUAAAAGAGUCACCAAUAGAGAUGCAAAGCCAGAGGAAAUCUAGGUCUGUGAACCCUCGCAAAAAGUACAAGCGUCCCUCUUGGCUACACAUCCAGGAUAACUCAGAAAUUCGGAACAGAAAGCUGAUCACCCUGUACUCUUCCACAACCCACGAGAUUGAUAAUACUGAGGCUGAGAUGAACCCUCCAGAUCCAAGCUGGACUUCUCAUGACACAAGUGCACUGGGUCUUAGUUACCAGAAGAACCAGCAUACUAGGUCAGAAUCAUUUGGGUCUCAGUCUUCAAUAACUGGCAGAAAGACCGAGAAAAAGCGCAGUAGAUUCAUGAUCAAACCUACUGGAGUGGACCAAGAUGAGGUCUUGGAGGAGAGCACCAGAAGAAAACUUUGGACCAAGAACAUAGUUAGCAAAAAAAUCAAUCACAUUAAACUAAGCUCCUUAUUUCGCAUUAAAAGAUAAAUUCAAUCAA